AUAAUACACCCAUCAAUCCGUAUACACAUAGACAAUUCUAUGGCCAAUACGCCCUCGACCAUCUCCACGAUCCUCUCCAACGACCUCCUCCUCUCUAUCGCGCCCUAUUUACACCCCAAAGAUAUAUCUGCGCUAUCCCGCACCAACAGACUUAUCAACUGUUUACUCGGUAGUGCCCAGGGGGUAUACAGACAUAUAGACCUUUCGUCAGAGAAGAAAAAGUUCUGGAAUGUCCAAGAGUUGGUUAGCCCGACGAUCCUAUCGGCCACACGAACGCUGGUCCUCGACUUCACCCUCGUGACAGCCCACGAACUGGAGCCAAUCAUCCAUUCAUCGAACAUUACCCUUCUCUCCAUCCGGGGAUGUAGGGGGAUCGAUGAACGCGCACUCAUGGCCCACCUGUCGCCCGAACACGGCACCAAACUGAAGGGGAUCUACUACUUCACCGACCCCACCCCGACAACCAGCCGCUUCGUGCAGAAGUCUGUAACAAAAUUGCCCAACGAAUGGGCCUUGGUGAUUUCCAACUAUAAGGAUAUCUGCUUCGAUACGAGGCUCUGUCGAGGAUCGAAGCAUCAGAUCGAUGAGGUCGGUUCCAUCGAGCCCCGCAUCUCCGAGAUCAAGCUAGAGGGCAGAUGUUCCGGUUGCGGAAUUUAUCCAACCAGUGAGGGACUACCAAAUGUACUUGUCGCUCCAGCCCCUUUGCACUCAUCGACUAUCAAGGUGGCAUGUAGCGGCGCGGACGGAAAACCCAUCGCGGACGCACUUCGCUGCGAAAUGUGUGUUCGUGAGCGGUGGUGCGAAGGGUGCGGGAAGUGGUGGUGUGAGAGUUGCGCUGCAGAUAAGGUGACUAACCCCCAUAACCCCGCUUUUCAAGAAAAGUAAAACUCACUGAUCAUAGAAACGCGUUACUCGGCCAUGUCUCGAGUGUGGGUUCCAGUGUGGGGAAUGCAUCGCGACAGCUACCCUUUUCUGUCAAAGUUGCAAAAGCGGGUACUGCACCACACAGUAAUUCCCCCCUCCUCUGAUAUCGAAUCUCCAACAUCGCACUAAUUAUGCAAAUAGCAAUGAAGGAGCGGACGAAAUUGAGUGUGAGUGGUGCAAAGCUUCACCUGCUCCACGUGGUGCUUCUUCCACCGCCUCGAACGCCUUCUUGACCUCCGCUGCACUGUCUCAUUAUGCCAUGCUCCGGCAAACCCGACCGGCAAACACCUUCGUCAAGUCUCAUGCGGGGGCAAGCUAUAGAGCCGGUGUGGGUGGGAGAAAUUUCCAGAACGAAACGAUCGCCCGGCGGAGGGCUCUCAUGAACAAUUGAUUAUAAUGGGUGUGGGCGUUUUUGUAUAGCUAUUCUAUCGAGACGGGUGCCUGUUUUUAUGGACGUGGUGUAAAUAUCUCUCCUCUUGGCUAUGCUUCUUCAGUUAUUGUUUUACUAUUGCUUUACUUUCUUCCGUUGACUGCGAUAUCAGUAUAAAUUACUUAUUUCUCGGUUUCUUUUUUUUUUUUUGUGGUUUCGUGAGAGAGACAGAUAAUGCAUACGGUAGAUAUGUACGGCAGAUAAGGGUGUGCUAUAUCAAACAGGUCGAUCUCUCUCCGCACGGAUUGAAACCUACAUUGCGUAUCGAGCAUGUUCCUCCCGAUAUCUGUUCACAAGUCUUGCUACUCGCACCGCAUUCUAAAGCACAAUCUCACAGCACCAUUGCCGAGUUUCAUAGCCUGCGGAACCCUCAAUUCCUUCAUGCUAGGCAGAGAAAACCUGGCGUUCAGCUCAACCCAUCAUCAUUAUAUCCAUCACAUUUCCCGCCAUGAACCCAUGUUUUUUUUCUUUUCCGCGAACGAUCCCUCCCCACAGCCUCUCAAGCUAACCAAAGAAAUACGGGAGGAAGAGAUUCCCAUUAUCCGU